AACGUCUCAUCCAAUAAAAUAUAAUUCAGCUCAAAGAAGAAAAAAGAAAAAGGGAGGCUCUUUAUCCAUUUCAAGAUUUAGAGAGUAGCGAGAGACAUGUCAUUCAAAAUCUAAGCCCAAGCCUCCGGCACUUACUUAUUUAUUUAUUUUUGCUAGGUUUGUUUGGAUUUAAUUCUGAAAAAAAGCCUCCUAAAUUGAUGCAGUAGAACAAAAUCGAGAUAGCUGUAGCAGUAAUCUGAAAGCAACUGAGAAAGGAGGAGAACAAAUUAAAUAAAAAGGAAGACAGGCGAAGAAGAUGAAGACGACGAAAGGAGGCAAAGUUAUGAACCCUACGGAUGCUUAUCGAAAGGAACUCCGUAAGAAGGAAUUAAAACGGAACAAGAAGGAAAGAAAGAAGGUGAGAGAGGUGGGGAUUUUGAAGAAGGAUCCUGAGGUGAUAAAGGAUCAGAUAGAGAAGUUGGAAUUGAUGAAGGCUGAUGGUGCUUUAGACAAAGCAAGAAAACACAAGAAAAGACAACUUCAGGAUACUCUUAGCCUUGUUUUGAAGAAGAGAAGGGAAUAUGAAGAUAAAAUGAAAGAGAAGGGUGAAACCCCUGUGAUGUUCAGUCAUUUGGGCCCUCUUCGAAGGACAUCCACAGAAGAAGAAGAACGGGCCAAGCAUCCAAAGCCUGAAGACUCUGUAUACUAUCACCCUACUCUGAAUCCUACUGGAGCCCCACCACCUGGAAAGCCUCCCAUGUAUAAAUCAUCUAUAGGGCCCCGAAUACCUUUAUCCGGUGCUUCAUCCUCUGCAACUGAAUCAGAGGAUGUUGCUUUAAAAAUACCUCCUCCUUUGCCAGAGAGCGGUGAAUUAGGCCUUGGUGAUAGCUCUGUUAUACCUGCUUCAUUGCCCCUACCUCCUCUACCUCCGAUGCCACCAAAGCCUGCAGAUUCAAGCUUGGGCAUGUCAUUGCCUCCACCCCCCUUACCUCCCCCUCCUCCAGGUCCUCCACCAAAAGACCAAGUAUUGAGUCACACACCUCUUCCUCCACCUCCACCCCUCCAACAGUCUGCUCAGCCGCCACCACCUGGCACAAAUGAAAGCGAGAGGGAGACCAACAUAUCGGCAUUGUUAGAUGAAUCAUCCUCCAAUGAUACUGUUCAGGUACCUGCUUCACUCCCUCCACCUCCUCCAAUUGCAAUUCCACUUAAGUCAGCUACUAAUCAGACUGAAGACACUUCAUUUGAAGCUGAUGCCAAUACCACAGCAACUAUGGAUAACCCUAAAAUGGUUCCCCCACCACCUCCUCCUAGGCAACAGCCUCGAGCACCUGGACCAGCCUUGAUCCCAGCUUUACAGCCUGAUGUAUUACCCCCUGGAAUAUUGCGUUUCCCUCCACCUCCACCUCCACCUCCACCAAAUAUGCGGCCACCAUUAUCAACCCCUGGAAUUCCCAACCAAAUGGCUCCUCCAGGGGUGACGGUCCCAUUUAUUCCCAGACCUCCUUAUGGUCCUCCACCUGGACCUCCUCCAAUGAUGAGACCACCCCUUCCACCUGGUCCUCCUCCUUUACAAGAAGAUGCUGCAAGUAGGCCACCUGUUCCUCAGAAACCAUCAUAUGUAAAAUCUGCUGCAUCCACUGUUGUUAAAAGGCUGCUAGCACAGCACACUCCAGAACUUACAGCUAUGGUUCCUGCCUCAGUUCGAGUGAGGAGAGAGGCUGUCAUCCCUAAACCAAAACCAAAAGCUGGAACCUCAAAUACAGCAGUAGCUACCAGGCCAACAGCUCCAAUCACUGUGAAGCCGGAGUCUACUAACUCAUCAUCAGCUCCAAAGUCUCAGAGUAUUGAUGACUCAUAUAUUGCCUUUUUAGAAGACAUGAAAACCCUUGGUGCUCUCGAUGGUUAAUAUCAUUAUAGCUGGUGACGGGGGCAAAGAUAAGGCAAGCCGUGCUUGAAAUCAAAGUGAACAAAUGUGUACAGGCUACUGUGGUGGAUCCAGGGAUUGAGCAGAAAUAUUUGGUAUUGCCAAUGUCCUAGGUUCCAUUAUCACUGUUCUGUCUGGACCCUCUCACUGUAUCAUCAAUGCUCUGUUUAACAAUUUCAAAAAAUAUUAAAACAUCUCGAUUAUCGAGGCUGGGGUAAGUCUGGCCAUUGUUUCUGGAACGUAGAUAUGUUGACUUGGAUCAAGCUGGAAACUGUACUGGAUUGAAGAUUAGUAUUUCCUUUCUCAUCUCAUUUGUAGCUUAGUGAUUUUCAACAUCUGUAAGAGAUGUUUUUAAAUUAUACAACACCUUUUCAUUGAUAAAUGAGUUGCUGAACAUUGGUGCUGCC